AAUCACAUGAUCAUUGCGAAAUGUCAGGACCAAACGGGGAUCCGCAGGUGCCGCUGGGAGAGGUGACCGGAGAGGAAGAUUAUGCAGCGUUAGACAUCAUGUUGGAUCAGAUUAAUUCUUGCCUUGAUCACCUGGAAGAGAAAAAUGACCUAUUGCAUGCACAGCUCCAAGACCUACUUGAAUCUAAUAGGGAGGUGCGCCGUGAUUUCCAGCAGCAAAUGACACAGAUCAGCCCUAAUCUCACUGAUGAGUGGACGAAAAGGCUGUAAUGUUACCCAGGACCUCUGCUCUCUUCUAUAUACCUGGUGUAUCUCCUGAUUGUUUCUGCUCCCUACACUGAAGUCCAACUUCACCCACCACCAGCAAAAUAAAGACUAUGGAUUAAUUUCCUAGUAACAUCCUGAUCUGGGAUUAAUCACCUCUAAUCUGAUUAUUUCAGAAAACAAAGAUACAAACUAAUUUAUUUACAACCAAUUAUAUUUAUUAACAGAGUAGUUCCAGGUUGAGCCUGAGGCUAACACAUCAAGUAUGCAGGUCCCUCAUACACUGUCCUGUUUAAUGCUAUCAGGCCACGUAUUUGCUAGUUACAAAACUGAAACCCCUUCAUACAGGGACACACAGAUUGGGACUAGGUAGACAAGGUUGUCAUUUUGUAAGGUUUGCAGUUGUAUUCUAUGUUGGGUCAUUGUUUAAUAAGAAAAUCUGCUCCUUAUCCUCAAUGGCCAAACCCAGGCUGAAGUUUUAUUAGACAUUUAAGUUUUAUAAAUAUAUAUAGUGAUAUUCCUCAAAUAUAAAAAUGAUAUAUUUUGAAUGAAAGAAAUAAGUACCUACAGACCAAUUUUAAAGUCUCCAGGGAAUACAGAGUCUAAACUGUAAAUCUAUUUUGCCGCCUCUAAUAUUUUUGUUUCUUAAAAUUAUCAAAACUACUGAUGAAAUUAAAAUCUGUUAAAUAACUUUUGUGACAAUUUUUGAAUAGUUUAUAUAGUGGAAUGUCCUCUUUCUUCCACUUAAUCAGAAGAUGUUUACAAAUUCUCUCUGAGAGGGCCUGAAGACUCGCACAUGAGUUUUGAGCAUUAUAAUACAAUAUAAAUUGUCUCCCCUUCUCAUAUGGAACUAGGAGAACUAGUUCUUUGAGGGACCUCCCAUUUCUGAGGAGACUUUGUAGGUCAUCUCAUUGGAGUGGUGAGCUUUAAACGGCCAAGCCCAAUGAGAAGUCAGUCCCACAUACAGUAGCCCACAAGUUCAUUUAAUAAAUAACCCCUCAUCAAAUCCUGAAUCCGUCCUUUGCACUCAAUGUUUCCUUUGUACUUUUCUACACUAAAUGACUUAAAAGUCAAAAUAAAACUUUCAUGAUUCAGAUAGAGCAUGCAAUUUUCAGCAACUUUCUAAUUUACUCCUAUUAUUAAUUUUUCUUUGAAAAAGCAGGAAUCUAAGCAUAGGAGCCAGACAAUUUUUGGUUCAGAACCGGGGUAGCACUUUCUGAUUGGUGUCUAAAUGUAGCCACCAAUCAGCAAGCGCUAUCCAGGUGCUGAACCAAAAAUGGUCCAGCUCCUAAGCGAACAUUCAAAUAAAGAUACCAAGAGAACGAAGACAAAUUGAUAAUAGGAGUACAUUUAGAAAUUUUGACUAGACUAUUCCUUUACGCCACACCUAGUUCUGUUGUUUUUACAUAACAUUCUCACUAUGGGAUCUUCCAUCUAGGACACAAACUCCAAUAAUGAUUACCCCAUAAAAGCAAUGGGUGUGGGAUGGGUCAUAUGUGGCGGUGCCCCCAAAUACAAAGCUUUUGGCUGCUAGUGAUCACAUAAAUUAAAUAUUUAAUAUACGAGGUCUGAAUGACGCUCUUCUAUAGCUGUGAAAUAAACCUUCACAUACUAUUGCAAA